UCAAAUACGUAUAAAUAAGUCUGUUAAAAAUAUAAAUUCAGUUGUAGUUUAACAACUACGGAUUAUUUUAUGCGAUGUACAAAUAAAAAUAAUUUACAUAAUUUUACAUAAAAUUACUGCUAUCCGUAAAUCAGGAGUUUGAAAGUUAUUCAUAAACAUGAGACCAUCAAGCACGCUACUUCUCUUGGUAUUUAACGCGUGUGUUUUAUCGGCAUGGGCUUCCAGUGACUCUGACGUCAAAUACUUCACCAAUGAAUGGUUGGCGCACGUAUCUUUGGGUGAAAUGGUAGCUAGAACAGUGGCGCGAGAUGUCGGCAUGAGAUACGACGGACCGGAUAUUGGUAAUGAUGGUUUCCAUCGUAUGAUUAAAACUGAACUUCCAUCUAAAUCGUUCAAUAAUAAUGAAGCUAUUACGCAUCAAUUAAAUAACCAUGAAUUUGUAACAAUCGCAAGUCAAGAAGCUGUGAAAGCAAGAUCUUACCGUGGUGUAGUUCAACCUAGACACGUAGUUCCACGGUCAGUUGUACCAAGAAGUAAUAGCUUAGAACGUAAUAGAAAAGUAACUCAUAGAUCCGCUGGAAAAAUAAGUAACUACCAAUAUGCAUUUAAUGAUGAAUUCUGGCCUGAUAUGUGGUAUUUUCAAGAUAUUCGAACUAACGAAAACGAUCCCGUGCUGGAUAUGAAUAUAGUACCAGUCUUUUUUGAACUUGGAUAUACAGGACAAGGUGUAAAUAUAACAAUACCAGAUGAUGGAUUAGAAUGGACACAUCCAGAUAUAUUACCAAAAUUUAAUCCUGACAUAAGUUGGAAUUAUAUUUCAAAUAAUAAUGAGAUUAUGCCCGAUAGAGACGGUAAUGGAGGAUAUAGAUCUCAUGGAACUAGAUGUGCUGGAGAAAUAAUUAUGCAGCCAGAUAAUGAUAUAUGUGGUGUUGGCACAGCUUAUGGAGCUAGUCUUGGAGGAAUUAAGUUUUUAGAUGAUGGAUCAACAGACACUAGAGAAGCUAAAGUAUUAAAAUAUGCUCUUAACUAUGUAUGCAUUUAUAGUAAUUCAUGGGGUCCUGCGGAUACUGGCACGUUUAUGGAACAUUUAACCGAUUUUGUCAAGAUCCUUUCGAAAGGCAUACAUCAAGGUCGGGACGGGAAAGGAGCUAUUUAUGUGUUUGCCGCUGGUAAUGGAAAAACAGAAGGUGACAAUUGUGCUUGUGACGGUUAUGUAAAUUCUAUAUACACAAUAGUUAUUGCUAGUUGCGAUGAUAGUGGUCACGUUGCACACUAUUCCGAAAGAUGCGCUUCGAUCAUGGCUACUGCAUAUAGUGGUUCUGGACAAGGAAAGAAUGUGUUGACCACUGAUGUAAAGGGAAAAUGUACUGCCAGUCAUACGGGAACGUCUGCAGCUGCACCACUGGUGUCUGGUAUUAUAGCGUUAGCACUAUCGGCUAACCCGGAACUGUCAUGGAGGGACAUACAGCAUCUAAUAGCUUGGACAGCUCAAGUGGCGCCACUGAGUGAUAACUAUGGAUGGAACAGGAAUAAAGCUGGAUUUUUUUAUUCCGUUGACUUUGGGUUCGGACUAGUGAAUGCUUAUAGGCUAGUUCAAGAAGCUAUGAAAUGGGAAAACGUGCCUGAAAUGUCGUCAUGUGGUAUACGUAUGCCUAAGGUUAAAGGUUUUCCUGUAUCAAGAAACCGUGCAGCUCGUAUUACUGUGUACUCAAAUGGCUGCGAAGGAUUAUCUGGAGAAAUAAAAUACUUAGAAUAUGUACAAUUAGUAUUAUCAAUGACUUAUCCGAAAAGAGGAGAUAUUCAAAUAGCAAUGAAAUCGCCUUUAGGGACGGAAUGUCAUGUACUGGAAAGUCGAUCAAAAGACUUUGAUACUCGCGGAUUAAGAAGAUGGACUUUUUCAAUACUUGCUUUCUGGGGAGAAUCUCCAAAAGGAAAUUUUGUCAUUGAUAUUUAUGAUACAACCGGCAAGCCAUCUAACAAAGGUAAAAUUACGGAAAUUACUUUAUCUUUACAUGGAACGAAAGAUAAACCAAAGAUUUAUCAAAAUGGUUAUCGAAAAUAUGAUGCUUUCAAAUUAGCGAAACCGGGAGAUAAACCUAGAUUUACGAAUCUUAGUCUAAGUAGUGUAAAAAGCCUUGAAAGACCUAAGGUUCAGAAAAGACCUAAUGUUACUAAUAGAUAUGAAUUUCAAACCGAAGAUGAAACAAAAAAUCAAGUUUUAAAUGAUGAAAUGUUACAACAAAAUAUUUUAUUGGCUAUGGAACAAGAAGUUGCAAAUCAAGAAGAUGCAAUUAUAGAGGAUAUUACGUCAAAUACUAUGAUGAAUACAGUUGGAGGUUUAGAAAGGGAGUUGUUUGACGGAGUUAACGAUUUAGAUCUCUAAUCAAAUAUUUCGACGUGUUUAACUAAUUUUAUGAUAAAUUUAAUAUUCUUUGCGAUGUUUUCUAAUAAAUCUUUGAUUUCUUAAAUGAUUUAAUUAUCAUAUAUAAUACUGUAUUGUAGUUAAUAAACACAAUUUAUGUUUACUA